CAAGAUUAAGAGUGGCGUCAAACCACGAUUUAUAUAUACGGUGAUAUGAUCGUUGCAACUUUUAUACCAUUCUUUUUAGCCGUGCAACUUCCUAUCGAGGAUGGUGCGUGGCCGUAUGGACCAGAAUACAUCUUUACUGUUCAUAUGAACGUGACAGGGAUACCACAGUGUUCUCGUCCAACAUGCAGUAAUCCGUCCGGCUAUCGUAUCACCUCUCGAUUUCAUUGCAUCCCGAGGAGGAAUAAUACUCUGAGCUGUAGCCUUAGGUACGUCGAUGGCUUUGAUUUUGGUAUGAUCGGUGAGGAAGACAAUAUCGUGAACCGACGCAAAAAUAUUACUGAAGCGCCUAUCGAACUAUUUUUUGAUGAGAAAGGCAUCGAAAAUAUCAUCACAAGCCAGCUGACGCGGAUCUAUGACCUCAACAUCUUGAAGAUGGUGGCCGAGCAGCUGCAUCCCGGCGACAAUUUUAAUAAUAUCGGGGAUGGCACAUUUGAGGGUGAAACCGCAUCCACCAUAGGCAGAUGCAACGCCACCUUCGAUUUGUAUCAUCAUUCUGGGGAUGGAAAUCCGAAUGAGACAAGAUUUCGAUUAAAAUUAUUAUCGCCGAGAUUGCAUAUGACGUCCACAGAGACUCUUAUCAUCAAUAAGCAGACGAAUCUUAAUCAUUGCAGCUGUUACGCAGACAGUUACUUUCGCAAAUAUGGUGAUACGGUUGUCUAUCAACGCUUGCAAGCGGAUUUAGAUAUUAUGAUUAGUCAUAUGGAAAUCAGUGAAACGAGUUUUAGUUCAUCAACAACAAGGAAGGGUACAUCGGUUUCAAACCACAAGACAUAUAAUAUAAUCGAAAUUACAAAAAUAAUCUUGGAAGACAUUCAGCCUGCCACGAAAGACCCACCCGCGAUCGUGAAACCGGGCGAAACCAAGAUACUUGCUAAUUAUGACAUAAAAAGUAUCUCUACUUCCUAUUAAUAAUAAUUAUUAAAAAUGCUAAUGUUAUGAAUACAAUUAAGUUAAUUCUAAAAGAAAAUAAUAAAAAUCUUUAGAAAUGCAAAAGCGGAAACUAUUAUAUAAAAUGAUAGAUAUUAAAAUUUACUAUAUUGUUUAUAAAGUCUGACCGAAAUUUUUGCCAAAACUGAACCUAAACACUCGGCUACAUGUCAAUUUCAAUCAAAACCAAAAUCAAAAUUAAAAAAGAAAUUCUAUAAAGGCCAUAUAUAUAGACAUGCCUGUAUAUAUCAUAUACUUUUUCUUCAUAAAUAUUAUAAUUUAUUGAAAUAAUAAUUAAAUUUCAGCCGGAAUAGAAAACUGAAAAAUCGGUCGUAUGUUAAUUUUAGCUAAAGAAUAUAAGUACUUCUUCAUAAACAUUAUAAUUUAAUUAUUGAAACAAUAAUUACACAUAUUAAAAUUAAUAUUUAUGAAGAAGAACUAUAUAGUUUCAAUCAAAAUUUAUACGUCAUGAAUGUUAGUUUCCAGUUUCGGUAAAAGUUUCGAUCGGACUCUAAUUAUUUAUAUAAUAAGAGAAUAAAAUAAUGUAAAAAGUAAAAGCUUAUUAUAGAAAUAUGUAUAUAUGUAUACAGUAAUAAAAUAGAUAGA